GCUGUUUGGUCCGUUCUGCGGCUGCUGGAGAGUUGUUUUCCCUUUGUUUCUCGGCCCGUCUCUCCGAUCUGUUCGGCAGUCCAUUAACAUCCUCACCCGCUUGUUUGUUUAUUUGAAAUUCCAAAUAGUUACGCACACACACACACAGCUAUAUACAAAUACAUAUAUCCACCAUGCAAAACAGACGUCGCUGGAAUAUCAAAAAGUGCUCGAUUGUGCUCUGCGCUGCCCUUAUACUCUACGUCUUUGUUUUGUCCAGCGGCUAUCGUAACUAUGAAAUAGAUGGUCUUAUCAGGAACUCGAGGCCGGAAAAGGUCUGGGAAUAUGUUGCCGAUUUUAAUAAAAUGCGUGUACUGAAUCCAACAAUCAUUAAUUUCAAGAUACUUUCCGAUCAUGGACAUGCGCACGAUUGGCGCUACACAGUGGAAUACAACGAACGCCUAUCCCAUUGGCCCUACUGGUUGAAUACGAUAACGGCUAAAUAUGUGGUGACAAAGUCCUUGCCAGACGCUAAUCCCGUAUUCUUUUCAAUUUCAUCCAAGCACGAGUCGUGCUUCUUUAAAGGCAUAUAUUGCUUGCAUGCCAUUAGCGAAUUCUUUUUCAAGCCGGACGGCAGCAAUACGUACGCCAACGAGAAGAUCAAAUAUCAAUGUCCGCCGUUACUGGGAUCUGUAUGUCGACGGGAGCUUGAGUUCCAGAGACGUGCUGUAAUGCACAAUCUGACGCACAUAUUUAGCAAACCGACGGCCCAGUGAAAGGACAAGAGGGUGUUUGAAUUUAAUUUUGAUUCAAUUUCAGUUUAUUGCCCGUUUCAUGAACAAAAAAUAUACUCGUAGCCUUCAUUUACAAAUUUAAGAAUUAACUAAAUUGGCUAAUAAAAAUUAUGUGCUAAAUAUUUCCAAUGUGAAUUUAAU